CAUAAGUCAGAGGUGCCAGCUCCCUGUCAUCUUUGACUCACACAUCAAAAAGGAGGAUGCCCAAACCGGAGGGACUGGAAGACUGCACGCAAGUUGUCCGGUACCCUGUGGUUGAGGAGCCAAUCCCAGGCUGCAGCUAAGAGGUAAGCCAUAGCCAUAUUACGUGGACUUUGAAAAGCAGAGAUGAGUAAGACCCUCUUGAUUCUGUGGCUGGGAGGAGUCAUCAGAAGAUUUUUGUGGAUGGAAAUCACAAGGUAUAUAUAAAGUAAGCUGCAUCCCCACGGGCUCAGUCCUAGAGCACCAGCUGGUGAGCAAUGCACAGAGCAGACCUGUAACCAGCUUACAUCAUCUUUAUCAUGAAGGUAGCCGCAGUGCCAGUACUUCUGACCCUGGCUCUUUGCUUCAUCCAAGAUGCUGCCAGUGAGGAAGAAAAUCAGGAAACCUGCAGUGCAUAUCGGGUAUUGAUGAAACACGGGAAGUUGUUCUGUCCCCAGGAUGAAAAACUUCUGAAGAGCCCUGAUGGAAUCAGGUUCCUCAACAGAUGUGCCACAUGCAAAGUGAUACUGGAACAAGAAGCAGAAACCCAGAAAAGGGCCAGGCGCUUAGCAAGAGUCACCGGGGCCGCUGCCCCAGCGAAGUUGAAUUGCAAUGAUGUCAGGACAGGAGAAGGAGAUGGGAACUUUGCCUGUCCCCUUGGUAAUGUGGCUGUUUGUGGCACAGAUGGGAAAACAUACAGCAGCAGAUGUGCCCUGUGCGCUGAGAACCUUAAAACCACAUCUCAAAUUGGCAUACAGAACGAAGGGGAAUGUGAAACCAGCAAUCCAGAGCAGGAUAUUUGUAGCGCUUUCCGGCCUUAUGUGAGGGAUGGCAGACUUGGAUGCACCCGGGAAAACGAUCCAGUCCUCGGUCCUGACGGAAAGACGCACGGCAACAAGUGCGCCAUGUGUGCGGAGCUGUUCUUAAAGGAAGCUGAAGAAAACAGCAAGCUACACGAUGAAACCAGAAUUCGACGAAGUGCUGAAGAGGAUCUCUGCAAGGAAUAUAAGAACCAAGUGAGGAAUGGAAGACUUUUUUGCACACGGGAGAGCGACCCCGUCCGUGGCCCCGAUGGCAGAAUGCAUGGCAACAAAUGUGCCAUGUGCGCCGAAAUUUUAAAACGGCGUUUUUCAGAUGAAAACCUGAGGAAAGCUGAAGAAAAAGUUAAAGUUAAAAGAGAAAUUGAGAAACUCUGCAGUGAAUUUCAGGGCCGUGCAAAGAAUGGAAUGCUCUUCUGUACCAGAGAAAAUGACCCUGUUCGUGGUCCGGAUGGGAAAAUGCACGGCAACUUGUGCUCCAUGUGUCAAGCCUUCUACCAAGCAGAAGCACAAGAAAAGAAAAAUGCAGAAGCAAGAAAUAAGAGACAACCUGGAAAAGCACCUUCAUUUGCAGAGCUGUGCAGUGAAUACCGCCAAUUUGUGAGGAAUGGCAGGCUCCCUUGCACCAGGGAGAACGACCCCAUCCAGGGCCCAGAUGGGAGAGUGCAUGGCAACACCUGCUCCAUGUGCGAGGCCUUCUUCCAAGCAGAAGAAGAAGAAAGGAAAAAGAAGGAAGCUGAAUUGAGAAAUAAAAGGCAAUCUGAGAACACAGCUUCCUUUGAGGAGCUGUGCAGUGAAUACCGUAAGUAUGUGAGGAACGGCCGACUUCCCUGCACCAGGGAGAACGACCCCAUCCAGGGCCCAGAUGGGAGAGUGCACGGCAACACCUGCGCCAUGUGCGAGGUCUUCUUUAAACAAGAAGAAAAAGCAAGAGCAAAGGCUAAAAGGGAAGCUGCAAAGGAACUCUGCAGUGAGUUUCGGAACCAGGUGAGGAACGGGAUGCUCAUAUGCACCCGGGAGAAUGACCCCGUCCGCGGCCCGGAUGGCAGAAUGCACGGGAACAAGUGUGCCAUGUGCGCAAGUCUGUUCAAACUUGAAGAAGAAGAGAAGAAACAUGAUAGCACGGAAGGAAAGGAGAAAGGUGCCUCUGAGAAAGUGAAGAGAGAAGCAGUACAGGAGCUGUGCAGUGAAUACCGUAAUUAUAUGAGGAACGGCCGACUUCCCUGCACCAGGGAGAACGACCCCAUCGAGGGCCUAGAUGGGAAAAUGCACGGCAACACCUGCUCCAUGUGUGAGGCCUUCUUCCAGCAAGAAGCAAAAGAAAAAGAAGAAGCUGAAUCCAGAACAAAAGUGAGGAGAGAAACUAAAAAGGAUAUGUGCAGUGAAUUUCGGAGCCUUUUGCAAAAUGGAAAUCUUUUCUGCACACGAGAAAACGAUCCCGUGCGUGGUCCGGAUGGCAAGACCCAUGGCAACAAGUGUGCCAUGUGUAAAGCCGUCUUCCAGGAAGAAGAUGAAGAAAGAAAGAGAAAAGAACAGGAAAGUCAAAGAAAUGCCAAAGAGCAUGGUCCCAACGGUGGUGGUGGAGGAGGGAAAGCUCAGGACCAAUGUGCUGAGUUUCGGGAAAAUAUGAAAAACGGGAAACUCAGCUGUACGCGGGAGAGCGAUCCUGUUCGUGACGCUAAUGGCAAAAUGUACAACAAUAAGUGUUCCAUGUGUAAAGCGAUACUGGAAAGAGAAGCAAGUGGAACAAACAACUACUCUGGCUACAGAGCAAAUGAUACUGAAUCAGCAUCAGGGAAGGACACGUGUGAUGAGUUUAGAAGCCAAAUGAAAGAUGGAAAACUUAUCUGCACCCGAGAAAAUGACCCUGUCCGUGGUCCCGAUGGCAAGACCCAUGGCAAUAAGUGUGAUAUGUGUAAGGAAAAACUGGAAAAGGAAGCAGCUGAAAAAAAUAAGAAAGAGGAGAAUGGCAGGCAAAACACAGGAGAAAGGAGCAAUGAAAACCAGGAUCAGUGCCAUGAAUUCCGGACCAUGGUGAGAGACGGGAUGCUCCCCUGCACCAUGGAAAACAACCCAGUGAGAGGCCCAGACGGCAAGAUGCACGUCAACAAGUGUGCCAUGUGUCAGAGCAUCUUUGAGCGAGAAGCUAGUGAUAGAAAAAGGAAUGAAGAAAAAUCACACAACAAGCCUUCAAGUGAUACAAAGGACCAGUGCAAAGAGGUUCCGAAAGGAACGGAGAAUGGAAAUGUUGGGCAGUCUGGGCAUUCCUUGGCCUCUGUUGACCAGAUAAGCGAAGAUGAGUGCGGUAACUUUCGGCAGAACCUGAGGAAUGACGAGCUCAUAUGCACUCGAGAGAAUGACCCUGUGCGUGGUGCUGAUGGAAAGUUAUAUAAAAACAAGUGUUACAUGUGCAGAACUAUCUUUCAAAAAGAAGCUUUGGAAAGGGCAAGACUCCAAGAAAAGCCAUCUCAACCUCGAUCUUCUGAAGAAGAAGACAGUCUGAAUGCUGAGAUGUGCCAACACUACCGAGUACUGCCCAGGAUGGGUUACCUCUGCCCAAAGAAUUUACAGCCUGUGUGCGGUGACGAUGGCCAGACAUACAACAAUCCGUGCAUGCUCUGUCAUGAAAACCUAAUACGCCAGACUAACACGCGCAUACGCAGCCAGGGGCGGUGCGAGGAGAGCGGCAUCCCAGAAACGCCGCUCAGCGCGCAAGCGUCUGUAAGUACCUUGGAGCCCCUGAUGGCCGCUUUAGAACCAAUUGGUGGGAAUAAUUCCGUAAUUACUGAAAUAUCCAGAACACACUGUCCCCUCAUCUCACAAACACACCUGGCCACAUUAGUCACAGAACAGGAAGAGGUCAUCACCAAGUGCGAUACACCUUUGCCUCAAGCCAUCGCCACCCUUUUCAUAACUGACCACAGCAGCCUUACAGAUGACCUUCCUGCUUCAGUCUUGGCCCUUUCAUUCCGCUCUCCACUCUGA